CCGCCCCUCUCUUUCUGUUCAUUUGUCUUAAAGAGCGUAUAAAUUUGGUACGACCUGCAUUAAAGAGCUUGCAUUAAAGAGCUUAAAUUUCUAGGGUUUAUCUGCUAUUUUUCACUAUUAAAGAAUACCAAAAGGAGUUUUCAAGAUCUUUUGAUGGGCCAUGGAGACGUCUUCUCUGCCAUAGCACUGACACUCACUGUCCUGCUCUCACUUGAAUGGUUUGAUAAAAACCCCAAUCUCUUCUAGGGUUAUGAAGUUCUCAACAUGCCUUCUGCUCCCACUUUCAACCGCAAGGUGCUGUACACUCGCAAUUCAUGGCUUUCAAUUAUCAGGAGGCCUUCUUUUUCCUUGUUCUGCUUGAUCAUUGGGUUUACAGGGAUUAUAUUUGGGCUGAUUGCCUUGUCGAGACCUAUAUCAACCUAUAAAUGCAACAAUUUCAGAGUGAAAUCUCUCUCUGUUAAUUGGGUGGGUCAUGAUGUCAACGAAGUUUCUAGGGUUGCUGGAUCAGAGAAUGCAGUGAACUCAAAUAGGCAUAAUGUUAUGGGUUUUGUUGGGAUCCAGACUGGGUUUGGAUCGGUGGAGAGGCGCAAGGCUCUGAGGAGGACAUGGAUGCCUUCUGAUCCAGAUAGUCUUCGCAGAUUAGAAGAAGCAACAGGUUUGGCUUUCAGGUUUGUCAUUGGAAGGACCAAUGAUCCAAAGAAAAUGUCAGAUCUUAGAAAGGAGAUUGAAGAAUAUGAUGAUUUCUUGCUAUUGGAUGUUGAGGAGGAAUAUAGCAAGCUUCCCUAUAAAACAUUGGCAUUUUUUAAAGCUGCUUAUAGACUCUUCGACUCUGAUUUCUAUGUUAAAGCUGAUGAUGACAUUUACUUGAGACCAGAUCGCCUUACGUUGCUUUUGGCAAAGGAGAGGACUAACCCUCGUACAUACCUUGGAUGCAUGAAAAAGGGUCCUGUUUUCACUGAUCCUAAACUCAAAUGGUAUGAGCCUUUGGCACCUUUGCUUGGGAAGGAGUACUUCUUACAUGCCUAUGGUCCUAUUUAUGCUCUUUCUUCUGAAGUAGUUGCCAGCUUGGUUGCUCUAAAAAAUGACAGUUUUAGAAUGUUCAGCAAUGAGGAUGUUACUAUUGGGUCUUGGAUGCUUGCGAUGAAUGUCAACCAUGAAGACAAUCACGAACUCUGCAGUACGGAGUGUACAUCUUCUUCUAUUGCAGUUUGGGACAUCCCCAAUUGUUCAGGACUCUGCAGACCGGAGGAGAAAAUGUUGACUCUACAUAACAUGAAGAGCUGCACUGAGACUCCAACUCUGGCCUCAGAAGAAUAGAUUAGAAUUGAUUCACACAAAAUUUUUCAUUCUCAGUUUGUCUCAACGAACGCGUUCUGGAUUAUGUGAAAUUCCUGAAAAGCUGAAGAUAUAAGUAGAAUUUUCCUCACAAAAAAAUUGAUACAUCGGUUUAGCACUGUUACGAUUUUGGUGGAUGCAAUAUUGAUGGGCAUUUUGGGUGGAAGCAUUCUACUUGAUUUUUUUUGCAUUUCCAGCAGAAGCAUUAUGUAUUUGAGACAUCCACAUUGAUUCUAAACACGGUGGUACCCUGCAAGAAUAGGGUUGUACUUUUAGCUGUUAGGAACUGCUGAGUUCUUUCAGAAAUUGAUAAUGCUUUCUCUUUUGUGUUGUGUGUGAGUAAACAUGUAUCUGGAGGCUUGGGCCAACAAAGUUUUGUUAACAAUGUCAUGACUGGACUGGCCGAUCCAACGGCUUGAAUGCCAUCGAACUGCAAAUUUUAAAGAAUCGAUCGAAACUGGCUGUUCACCAGUUGAACCGCUUCAACUAGCUCAUUUCAAUCUGGUUUUGGCGGGGUCUUCCAAGCGUUUUAUUGUUUAGAUUGAUAAUGUUGUUUAUUAUUUUUAA